CAAUAGACCACCAGCAUGCAGCAGCGCAGGCGAGCCCUUUGGCUUGCUGUUUCCGCCCUUAUUCUAUUAAUAAUCACGUACUUUUUCUAUCUGUCUCUGCAGCACGACCCUGCACGUUUACCCACCAACAGCGAUCCGACGCCGCAAGAGCCCGAUAGCCGGGAGCCAGCAGAGGCCCCCAAAGAAACUACGACGCACCAUCCACCAGCACCAUCGGUCGAGCGAAAUGCGACGCGCACACUUGUGAUUGCCAAACUACAGGAAGAGGAUACCUUAUGGGUCGACAGCCUUGUCCGGGAUGACCCUUAUCUUACCAGUGCUGUCUAUGUGGUGGAUAAUAAUACCAGUGCACCGUUCACUGUUCCCUUAAAUAAAGGCCACGAGGUUAUGGUCUAUUUAACCUAUAUAAUCGAUCAUUAUUACAGUCUCAGCGACAUCUCAAUAUUUAUGCAUGCUCACCAGAUCACCUGGCAUAAUAACGACUUCCUCGAUUCUGACUCGGCUAAGAUGGUCCGCCGGUUAAGAAGUCAAUAUAUACUUAAAAACGGUUAUAUGAAUCUUCGCUGUCAUCUUGAACCAGGAUGCCCUGACCACAUUCAUCCAUAUAUAGGAAAAGAAUCAGAUGAUAUUCUUAACGUUCCCGAAGCUGCAGUUAUCGGUAUGGCAUGGGGUCAGCUAUUCCCCGGUAGCCCAGUGCCAUCCGUUCUUUCACAACCAUGCUGUGCACAGUUCGCUGUGAGCGCGGAUCAAAUUCGAAAGAUCUCUCAGAAACGCUACCUUGAAUUCCGUCAUUGGCUUCUCGCAACUGAGCUCGAUGAUCGACUGUCUGGGAGAGUCUGGGAAUAUAUAUGGCAUUGGUUAUUUACAGGGCAGGCAGAGUUUUGCCCGGUUGAGACAACCUGUUAUUGCGAAGGCUAUGGAAUUUGUUUCGACCCUAACGAGUAUCGACUAUACUUUCAGAUUCGAGGGGAAGCGCGGAAGUUAGAAGGAGAGGUUGGGGAGUUGGAAUCGGAAGCAACCGACGCAGACAUCACCACUAGUGAAAGGAUAACUGAGUUGAAGGGCAAGAUUGAUGAGCUGCAUGGUGAAAUGAAUGCGAUAAAAGCCAGGACCAAGGGUAUUGGGCAGUGAUUGCCUGGUUUGCUGCACGAUCUGGGCUCACUGGUAUUGUUGGGUUCUCUCUCUGGUCGCGCCGAUACAUAUACCGUCAAUACAAUUGUCCGGGAAUUGAAUAAGGGCAUGCUUCUGG